UGCGAGACCACAAUGAUUAAAAUUUCGAAGAGUUUCUGUGUCUGCCUCCACUCUUGUUCAUACGCACGACCAGGGCGGACAUCGCGGUGUGGAGGGUUUUAGUCGAGUUUUAGGACGUAACAACAAUGCAGAGGCUGGCCAGGUGCGUGUCCGUGGCCUCACGAGGCCGCACACUGAAGCGGGCUGCCUCCGCCGGCUCCCGACGGACUCUGUCGGCGGCCGGGUCGCAGCCGGGUGCCGAACCAAAUUUCGCGCGAGUCGUGGCCGUGCCGUGCCGAGGAAAAUCCAGCCUGGCGUCCGAUGCGGAGGGACCCCGCGGCCUGGAGAGGAUUUACCCCCGUCAUGACUGCUUUGCUGAUCGCCAUAUCGGACCCAGGGACCACGACAAGCAGGCGAUGUUAGAAGUUUUGGGAGUGAAGAGUAUGGAAGAACUGAUCGAGAAAACAGUUCCCGCCGAUAUCCGGCUCAACAGAGACAUGACCGUGGCCGAUCCUGUGCCGGAGAGUGAAGUGUUGGACAGACUGCGGCACAUCGCGGGGAAAAACAAGGUCUGGAGAUCUUACAUCGGGAUGGGGUACUACGGGACCGUCACACCCACCACCAUACUCAGGAAUAUCUUCGAGAACCCUGGGUGGACGACACAGUACACACCGUACCAGCCCGAGGUGGCGCAGGGCCGGUUGGAAAGCUUGCUGAACUAUCAGACGUUAGUAACGGACCUCACGGCCAUGGACAUCGCAAACGCUUCCCUUCUGGACGAGGCCACGGCGGCGGCAGAAGCCAUGGCGCUGUGUUACAGGCAGAACAAGAGGAGGAGAUUCUAUGUGGACAGCUACUGUCAUCCACAGACUAUAGGGCUGAUCCAGACUAGAGCAGAAGCCAUCGGCAUCGACAUCACUGUCAGUGACAUCGUGAACAUGGACUUCAGCGACAGGAACUUUAGCGGCAUGAUUCUGCAGUACCCAAAUAUGGAGGGGCAGGUUUAUAACAUGGACCUGCUGCAGAGGGUUAUCACAGACGCACACGAUAACGGGACACUGGUGGUGUUUGUGACUGACCUCCUAGCUCUCACACUGAUGAAGCCGCCCGCCGAGCUGGAGGCGGACAUCGCGCUGGGCAGCAGCCAGCGGUUCGGCGUGCCGCUGGGCUACGGGGGGCCGCACGCCGCCUUCUUCGCUGUCAGGGACGAGCUGAAGAGACUCAUGCCGGGUAGGAUGGUCGGGGUCAGCAGGGACUCAGCGGGGAGGGACUCGUACCGUCUGGCGCUGCAGACUCGAGAGCAGCACAUCCGCAGGGACAAGGCCACCAGCAACAUCUGCACCGCUCAGGCAUUGCUGGCCAACAUGGCUGCCAUGUACGCUGUUUACCACGGACCCGAGGGCCUCAAACACAUCGCCACCAGGGUGCAUCAUGGGACAUUGCUGCUAGCUGAAGGUCUGAAGCGGGCGGGGCACCACCUGCAGCACGACCUUUACUUCGACACGCUGAAGGUCGCGUGCGGGACGGGACCGGGGGACGUGCUCGAGCGGGCGGCGCAGAAGGAAAUCAACCUCAGGGUGUACGACGAUGGCAUGCUGGGAGUGUCCUUGGAUGAGACGGUGGAGGAACAUGACCUUGACGACCUGCUCUGGGUGUUCGGCUCUGAGUCCAGUGCCGGCAUCAGCGAGCCAGUCUACAGCAGACAGGCCCUGCUUGCAGAAAAGAUGGACUCCUCCCCCCAAGGGAGUAUAAUGAACACUCCCUUCAGACGAACCUCCCCCUACCUGCUGCACAAGGUCUUCAACAGCUACCGGUCGGAGACACAGCUGGUCCGCUACAUGAAACAGCUGGAAAACAAGGAUGUUUCUCUGGUGCACUCCAUGAUUCCACUGGGCUCCUGCACCAUGAAGCUGAACAGCACCACACAGAUGAUGGUGAGGCAGACUUACUUUACGAGGGGCGUGCAAUUAGCUGAGGCCAAGUUUGCAUGUUGA